AUGUUUGAAGUAAUUGGACAUCAAACUCAAACCCAGAUCCAAACCCCAGUGGAGAACCAAGCCAAAUCCCAAGGUUUUGGGGAUGGUGUUUGUAUGAUAUUUUUAUUAUUGCAAAAACGAAUAUUUGGUAGUUAUUAUUGGGAACAUAUUAUAAGUGAACUUCGUUCUCAAGCUAAAUUAGCUAGUCAAGGUGCUGCUUUAUUUAAUGAAAUGUUAUGUAAACGUAUCGAACAAGAUCAUCAACGUGACGAACAAACUCUAUCAAAAAUAACUCGAAGUUUAGAACGUAUUCAAGAACAACAAUCAAAAUUAAAUCAAUUGAAUAAUAAAGAUGCUUUAAUACUAACUGAAUCAUCUGAACAUUUUGAAGUUAUUCGAUCGGGUGAUCAUUAUAUGUUUGAAUAUGAAUUAGAACAACAAGACGAGGAAGAAAAACAAGAUGAAGCUAUUGCUGUUCAAGAAAAGAUUCUUGAAGUUUUAGCAGCAAAUGAUGAAGAUGAAAAUGUUGAUGAUACUACUGCUCAACAACCUCGAACUUCAUCAGAUACUCAAGAAUUAACCACAACAUCACCAACUUCUCUACCAGUAAUAACAACAACAACAACAACAACAACUGAUAUUAUACUACCUACAUCAACUUCUGCAGAAUCAACAUCUGUUGAACCUAAAGAAGAAAAAUCUAAAAAAAAAAUAAAAAUAAUUUUAACUAAAAUUUAUUUAAUUAUUUGGAUUAUUGUUGAUUAUUUUAUUGAUUUAUUUUAUCGAAAUUCACGUGAUUAUUAUGAAGUUUCAAUAAAAUUAACUCAAAUGAAAUCUGAUGAUAAAAUUUUUCAACAUGAACUUAUGCGAUUGGAAACAAAUAUUGAUCAAGCUUCAAUAAUCAACAUUGAUCAAAUGGCUGGUGGUGAUCAAUCAAAUCAAAAUGCUUAUCAACAAAGUGUAUCUCAAUCAAUUAAUUCGAGUAAACGUUCACGUCUUUAUCGUCUAUAUGAUUCUAUAUUUUAUUUUUCAAUGUAUCGAUCUGAAUUUUUAUGUUAUUCAACUAUGAUUCUAAAUUUGAUAACAUCAGGUGCAUUAUUAUCAAUGCCAUUACCAUUAUCAAUAUUUCUAUGGGCUACAUUAUCAUCACGACCAUCAGAAAAAUAUUGGAAUACUGUUUUAUUAUAUACAGAAGUAAUCAUUGUAGUUAAAUAUGUAUUUCAAUUUAAAUAUUAUCUAUGGAAUGCUGAAGCACCAGAUGCUUAUCGAUUAACUGCAAUAAAUAUUAUUGGAGUUGAUCGAAAAGGAACUGCUUCUUCAAUUGCCGAUUUAUAUUUACUUUUAUCUUUAUUUUUUCAUAGAUCGAUUUUAAAAGAACUUGGACUUUGGAAAUCAGCACAAACAACACCAAACAAUUUAAUGACUUUAGAUGCUGAUCAUAAGGAACAACAACAACAACAACAACAACAACAAUUCAAUAAUCAAUUAGAAACAACACGAAUAAAAAGUAACAGUUAUUUUAUGAAACCAAUUAUAAAAUUUUAUGGUCAAUUUAAACAAACAUUAUUUGUUCGUGAUGUUUAUGCAUCAAUGUUCUUUUGUGAUUUUAUUAAUAUGGUUAUUGUUAUUUUCUUCUAUAGUCAAUUUCGUUUACCAUUAAGAGUAGAGCACAGGAUAAUAAAUCAUAUAUCAGUCAGUCCACAUAAUGUUGUACCAUUCACACAAGCUGUUAUUUUUCGUAAAUCUGCAUCAAGUUGCAAACGUUUAUGCAAAUUAUUGAAUGAAAAUAAUUUGCCUGCUGUUGAAAUUCAUCCUGGUAUACGAGAAAACGAACGUUUGGCACAUUAUAAAAAAUUUAAUGAAGGUCAAACACGUAUUGUCGUUGCAACAAAAUUAUUUGAAUGUGGUAUGAAUGUUGCGCGUGCUAAUAUUGUAUUUAAUUAUGAUAUGCCAGAAAAUACAGACACUUAUCUUGAUCGAAUUACUCGUGAUGAUGGAGUUGGUGCAAAAUGUUUGGCAAUAACAUUUGUUGCAGAUGGAAGUGAUGCAAAAAUUCUUAAUGAAAUUCAAAGUCAUUUUGCAGUACAAAUUACUGAAAUGCCUGAUGAAAUUUCUAUGGCAAACGUUACUACUGAUAUCAAGAUCGACGUUGAUUACAUAAGUGCUGCAUGUAACUGUUGUCCACAUUCACUCGAUUGGCAGAAUGGACCACGACUUAUUUAUGGUGUUACAAACAGCGUAGCUCUUUGUUCUGAUACUCCUCCAUUUUCUGUACGUAAAACAUUUUCCGGUCAUCAAGGACGAUUAAAUUGUGUGAAAUGGCUUCGACAAGAACAACGAGAUUCAAACAGUGAUUUUUAUUAUUUUCUCAGUGCAUCUGUUGAUAAAACAAUCAGUUUAUGGAAAGGAAAAGAUGAAGAUUAUACAAAGUAUACUUCACUUGUUGGACAUCAGAAUAGUGUGACAACUGUUGUUGGUUAUCAACAAUCUUCUAAUGAUGAUAUCUAUGUAGCUAGUGGUUCUGCUGAUUCAACAGUGAAAAUUUGGUGUAUUACUGAUACAUUAGCUAAUUGUAUUCAUACUAUUGAUUUUAAAAAUGGUUUUGCUAUUACAUUGGAAUUAGUUCCAUUAGAUAAUCAUAAAAAUUUAUUCUUAUUGUUUGUUGCAACGGAUAAAAAUAAUGUUCAAAUUUAUCAAGUAUCAAACAGCGUGAUUGAACAAGUUUUUGUAUUAAGUGGACAUGAAGAUUGGAUACGUUCAAUAACAAUUCAAAAAUUAAAUCAUAUAAGAGAAUCAAUUUUGGCAAAACGUACACAUUAA